UUAAUUCCGGUAUAUAUAAUAAUUUCUAAAAAAAAUAAUUAAAUGAACUCAAAUUUUCCAGCUGGCUUUGAGCGGGCCCCCCUGGCCGUGGAACUGGUGUAUUCUUUUUUCUUUUCUUCUUAAAAUCAAGAGAGAAUAAAAAAAAAAAGUGAGAAUCCAGAUGGAGGGGGCAAAAUGGGUAAGAAAGAAAUGAAAAAAAGAAAUGAAAAAAAGAGCAGCACUGUAGAAAACAAAAUCCUCCUUGGGGCAUGCAGAGAGCAGAGAAUGAAAUACUGAGAGGGAGAGAGAAAAGAAAGAAGUCACGAUCAAUCAGCUGAGAGGUUGGUGGUAGCUUCCCAAACAAGAAUAAUAUCCUCCUCCUCCUUCUUCCUCGUCAUUAUCUCUUUACUUUUUUUCCAAUAACACCAAGACAAACAGCAAUUAGUACAAAAAACGAACAAACCAGCAAAACCACGUAUAUAUAACAGUCGCGCCUAACACGGGCUCUCUUCAAAUUACUCUCUCGAGGCAAUUAAAAGAAAAAAGAGAGAGAGAGAGAGAGAGAGAGAGAGACUGCUUUUCUUUUAAUAAUAUUUUUUGUUCUUGUCUACUAAAAACAGAGCGAAACACAGAAAAUGGCGGUCGGAGGAGGCGGAGCUAAAGUGGAUGAGUUAGUACCGUUUCCUGUCAAAGACCAGCUUCCCGGCAUUGACUUUUGCGUCUCCAGCUCUCCUUCUUGGCCUGAGGCUAUAAUUUUAGGAUUUCAGCACUACAUAGUGGUGCUUGGAACUACUGUUAUAAUUCCAUCGAUACUUGUCCCUGUAAUGGGUGGUGGCAAUGUAGAGAAGGCAGAACUUAUCAACACUUUGCUCUUUGUUGCGGGAAUAUCCACACUCCUCCAGACUUUGUUUGGGACUCGGCUUCCUGUGGUGAUAGGAGGAUCUUACGCUUUUAUUAUACCCGCCAUCUCUAUUGCUCUGAGAAGAAAUACUAGCAGUAACACUGUAUUCCUUAGACCCCAUCAGAGGUUUGAGCAAUCCAUGAGAGCUAUACAAGGAGCACUUAUUAUUGCUUCAUUAUUUCAAGUGAUUCUUGGUUUCUUUGGUUUCUGCAGAAUUUUUGGGAGAUUUCUUAGCCCUCUCGCAGCUGUUCCUCUUGUAAUUCUCACUGGACUUGGGCUUUAUGCCCAUGGUUUUCCACAACUGGCAAAAUGUAUUGAAAUAGGUCUUCCAGCAUUGGUUGUUGUGGUCUUAUUGUCCCAGUUUCUUCCUCAUAUGAUAAAAUCAAAAGGACACAUAUUGCAACGAUUUGCAGUCCUAUUCUCGGUUGCAGUUGUAUGGGUUUUCGCUGAAAUUUUAACAGUGGCUGGUGCAUAUGAUAAUAGAUCUCCCAACACACAAAUCAGUUGCCGCACUGAUCGGUCUGGGCUCCUUAGUGCUGCUCCAUGGAUAAGGGUUCCAUAUCCAUUUCAAUGGGGACGUCCCACUUUUAAUGCUGGUGAUAUAUUUGCAAUGACGGCUGCUUGUUUUGUUGCUGUUAUUGAGUCAAUCGGGACAAUUAUUGCAGUAUCAAGAUUUGGGAGUGCCACCCCUGUACCACCUUCUGUACUCAGCCGGGGUAUUGGCUGGCUGGGAAUAGGAACUUUGAUGGCUGGAGCAUUUGGUACUGGGACUGGCUCCACAGCUUCAGUUGAAAACGCAGGCCUUUUGGGAUUAACAAGAGUUGGAAGUCGUAGAGUUGUUCAAAUAUCGGCUGGCUUUAUGCUUUUCUUUUCUGUCUUAGGAAAAUUUGGGGCUAUUCUUGCUUCAAUACCCUUACCCAUUGUGGCAGCUCUGUACUGUGUUCUCUUUGCCUAUGUUGCUUCUGCUGGUCUCGGACUUCUACAGUUCUGUAACCUGAAUAGCUUCAGGUCAAAGUUUAUCCUCGGCUUCUCUCUCUUCAUGGGCUUUUCCGUGCCUCAAUACUUCAAUGAAUAUGUAUUAAUUUCCGGACACGGCCCUGUUCACAGUGGUGCCAUCUGGUUCAAUGACAUAAUGCAAGUGAUUUUCACAUCUGCGGCAACAGUGGGAAUUUCAGUUGCCUACUUCUUGGAUUGCACUCACAGCUUGGGGGACAGUGCGACCCGGCGGGACAGUGGCAGGCAUUGGUGGAGAAAGUUCCGAGUUUUUGAUCAAGACAUUAGAAGUGAAGAAUUUUAUGCACUUCCUUACAACCUCAACAGGUUCUUCCCUUCCUUCUGAUUUCAAAGUAGUGCUUGCCAUCGGUGCUAGCAGUAGAGGUAGAGACUCUCAUGAAUUUACUGCAUUACAUUUUGGCUAAAAUGUUUGUCAGAUGUAGAACACAAGAAAUGAAAUUUGUAUAGGGCGAUUAGGCCAGUGAUACCGACUUGGCAUAACUUGCGAUUACUCUUAUCACGGAGUUAUAUUAUAGAAAUAUCUAAUAUGUAUCAGCAAGGAUCUUGAAAAAAAUAUUACCACAACAAUUUUUAUCCACUGUAAAAUAAAACAAUUAUGAGGUUACAAAUCUUGCUCUUGUGCCAAAGAGAUUAUCUU